AUGUUAACAACAACUGUGAAUCGUUCGCUUACCUGUAAAUCAUUGAAAUUGCCAUCUACCACAGAGAAUAUGCAGAAUAAUUUAAAAUCGCUUCAACUAUAUACUGUAUUUAAUAGUUAUAAUUCUAUCAAGGAAUUAUGGUUAGCUCAUGAACUAAUCACUUCAGAGCAUGGAAAUAUGAGAGAUGAAGAAACUGGGAAUACAUUGCUACAUUAUUUAAUUUUAUCGAUACCUAGGUUUGCUAAACAAUUUGAUGAUUGUAAUAUGAUAAAUGGAAAUCAAUUAUAUCCAGAAUGGGCUUCACCUAUUGUUGGAUUAGUAUAUCGUCUUGUUGUAUGCGGUCGUUGCUCAGUUAAUGCACAAAAUAAUAUGGGAAAUACAGUGUUACAUUUAAUAUGUCUUUUACCGUAUACGGAAUUCUUGGCAAUACAUUUAAUUCGUUUAGGUGCUGAUCCAGAGAUUAAAAACAAUUCUGGACUACAUGUCUUUUAUCAUUAUGGAGAACAAAGAGCAUGGUUGGUAAAAAAUUUACCUGGUCUUAACUGUGGUAUAUGGAAUGCAAUAAAACGAGAAGAUAUGAUUAAAAUGGAUUAUUAUUUAUCAUGUUGGUGUCGAACAAUAGCAAAUCAACCAAACGGGAAAAGUUUAUUCGAGUGUUCAAUGUCCACUGGAAAUUAUGAAUUAGUUAAACAUGUAGACCAAGCACGUAAUACCAAUGAAUUAAUUGCAGCUGCAAUGGCAUUAGAUUUAAAUUAUAUGGAAGAUCUUUUAUCAAUUAAAAUUGAAAAGGAAAAAUGUCAAGUCAAUAAAUGUGACAGAAGUUUCGACCCCCCACGUCCAUUGACUGCUGAAUUGGCGAUCAUUUAUGGGAAUAAAGCAAAUAAAGCAAUCGAAUUACUUAAAAAAUAUGGGGCAGUGGAUGAAUCAAACUAUUAUGAGUCAGUAGAACAAAGGAAAAUGGCUUUCGUAAAUUCGCCAUUUUAUUUACAAGUUAAGACCGCGAAAACAAUUGCUGAUUUAAACAAAGCAUGGAAAUUAAUUGAGUAUUCAUCAUUCCAGUCAAAUCUAAGAAGGCAUACAGAUCAAGCAACUUAUUUACACUACUUAGUUGAACGUUAUAAAAGUUUAAAACAUGAACCUCAUUUACAAUGUGGUUUAAUUCGUCUUAUGGCAAAACUAGUCAUAGCUGAUGUCGAUCUACAAGGACGUGAUAAAUUUGGUAAUACAGCUUUACUUUGUGCUGCAAAAUCGAAUAUUUUUGCAGAUAGAAAUACUAACUCAAUAAAAGCUAACGAAUUAAUGCUUAAUCAGAUUGACAAAGAAGCUGAAAGAGAAGAUGAAGUUGAAGAUGGGGUGGUGCUGGACACAGUUGGGAAAAUUGUUGAGGAGACUAUUGAAACUGUCGAUAUAAAUGAAUCAUUAUAUAAUCCAACUAUCAACGAUGAUGUAAAACAUUCGGUCAUGGAUGAAGACCGUAAUGAAAUGAGCCCAAGUAAAAAGACAUCAUUGUCUAUAUCUGUUUCAGAUCAUUCAAAUAUGUCAGUAAAAAACGAAUCAAUUCAUCCAUGUAUGAUGAAUGUACCGGAUUUUAGUGAUCAACGUUUGAUUUCUAUUUUAAUUCAGUUAGGUUCAGAUUGCUCCAUUCCAUGUAAAAAUGGUUAUUCUGUAUAUAAUGAAAAUUAUAUUCCCAAAGGUGCAUAUACAAUUAAACGAAAUAUUCGAUCAAGUUUAUUAAAAACUAGUAUAAAACGUUCUAAAGGACUGAUAGAUCAUCCGGGAAUUUGGCCAGUUGUUGAUAGAUUAAUCUAUAGUGUACAAUAUCAUAAACCCAAUGAUAUUAUUAACUAUUUCUGCGCAGAAUUAGAGAACACAAUUAAAGAUAAUUUAAUUUGGUUAAAAGCUAAACGAUCAGGGCUAACUGUUAUAGAAUGGAUUAACUCAUUAUGGACUCAUGAUCGAUCCAAUCAAUGGAUAGAAGGAAUACGUGAAAAAUUAACAAAUCUAUUACAGUAUUAUGUUAGUUUAACUGAUUUUGUGAUUUAUUCUAUGGCUGGUGAUAUUCAGAAAUUGAAACAAUGUUUAGCUAUGGGUAAAGGUCAAUUGAAAGCUCAACUUCAUAUGCAAAAGUUUCUAGUUGGUAUUAAUAAUAAUGGAAGAGCAAAUUUUAUAACACGUCCAUUACUUGUUAGUGUAAUGGAAUAUUCUACAGCAGAAGUAUUACAACUUAUGAUUCAUUCUGGAGCAAAUUUAAACGAAUACUAUUCAGAAAAAGAACCGUUUGGUCCGGUUGCAUUUUGGAGUUUUAAGAACCUUGUCAGCCUUCAACAUACUUAUGAAGUAAUCAAAGAAGUACCAGUUCAUUUAAGAGAUUCAAAUGGAUCAUCUUUAUUUCAUUAUGCAACAAAUCUUUUUCAUACAAUACAUCCGAAAGAUGUAAAUGGAUUUCGAUGGGCAAGUUUGAUUUUAUCUACAAUAUUGAAACGAGGUGUGAAAAUUUAUCAUAGAGAUAUUUGGCAACGUACUGCACGAGAUAUUUUGAAUAGAUCAAGAUAUGGAUUACUGGAUAACAACAAUGUUCAUUGUGAAACGGGAGAGAAUUUCAGACCAUUCGAAGAAGAGCCACCAGAUCCUUUCGAACUUCAUGAUAUUAUCGAUCCAGAAACUGGAAAUUUAUUAACUGCUGAACAGUUAAUUGAUCGCCAUGUAGCUUUUCUAGCUUCUGGCAAUCACUUACAAUCCAUGGAAGAAUUAAUUCUCUAUGGAUAUAAUUAUAUACAUUUAGCUAAUUCUGGACCUGUACGCUUUAAAUCUGCUAGAUUAUUAGCUGAACAAAAAGGACAUCAUGAAAUGAUAUCUUUAUUAGAUACUGUUGAUCAGUAUAGAACAGAAAUGAUGGAGGUUCACAAGACGAUUAUAACUGGAGAUUAUCAUCAAUUCCUACGUCUGGUUAAUAACAAAAGAGUUAUUAUGGGUCGUGACUGGAGAGAACGUUCUCUACUACACCUUGCAGUACUUUAUCGUAGAACAGAUUUUGUUCUUCAGUUAAUUGAACUGUGUCAAGAACUUGUCAAUUAUCAAGAUUGUCUUGGACGUACCGCAUUCCAUUAUGCAAUCUGUUUGCCUGACAACCGAAGAUUGUUCUUAAAAAUGGUUUCAAAAUCUGGAGGUAUUGAUAAACAAAUCAAGGAUUUGCGAAAUAUUUCAAUUCAUCAAUAUGGUGAAUUGUAUGACCGAAACAUUCCUGAAUAUCAAAAUCUGAUUAAUAUAGAAAAAUCAAUCAAAUUACUUGAAUCAAAUUGGCCUGAUCAAACAAUUUGUUCAUUGUUGCCUAAAAUAUCAAAUGAUAAUGAUGAUGGUGAUCAACUCUUCAUAAAAGAUAAACAUGAAUCUGAUAAUAAACAAUCAAUUGUUGAAGUAAUUCAUAAUACAAAUAAAAACACUGAAAAUUGUUUAAUAUUUCCAAUUCCUGGUGCAUUCAAUACAUUUGAAGUGAAAAGAAUCAAAUCAGUAUUUAAUUGGAAACAACGGAUAUAAAGAAAGAGACAAAAUGAAAAGAAGAAAUGAACAGAUUAAAUCAUGUUAUAAAUAAAUAGUAUAUUUGUAAUAACCCAAUGAGGAGAAAAAUCAAAUUUUCUGACGUUUCGUGACUUAGCGUAAGUCACUUCUUCAGAGAAUAAAAAAAAUUAUGGAUGAGAUUAUUUUUUUUCGACAUUUCGUUAAGACAUAUUAUUCUGAAAUAAAUGUAGAUGGUUGUAGUUUUUAUCUUAUAAUGGUGAA